AUGGCUCAAAAGAUGUCUGAUCCAUGUAGCUUCACUAUUCCAUGUACUAUUAGGGGUUAUGCUUUUGCAAAAGCAUUGAAUGACUUAGGGGCUAGCAUAAACUUGAUGCCUUUGGCAAUAUACACAAAACUGGGCAUUGGCAGAGCUAGACCGACUUCGAUGCUUUUGCAACUAGCUGACCACAUGGUUAAAAGACCGAUGGGGAUUCUUGAUGAUGUGCUGGUACAAGUGGGAAAGUUUGUAUUCCCUGCAAACUUUGUUAUUCUAGAUUGCCAGGUAGAUGAGGAGAUACCCAUCAUUCUGGGGAGGCCAUUUUUAGCCACUGGGAGAGCAUUGAUUGAUUGUAAAACUGGGGAAUUAAAAAUGAGGUUGAACGAUAAAGAAGUUAUAUUCAACGUUCAACAAUCCAUGAGGAGGCCCAGUAAAUAUGCAAAUUGCUCACUAGUGAAAGCUGUGGAUGUGAUCCUGCAUGAAAAUGAUGAAAGCCUGAAUGCUAAAGAUCCAUUGGGAGCUUGUUUGACAAAUUUAGAGGAGAUGGAUAGUGAAGGGUUGGCAGAGUGGGUCAUGGCACUCGAAGGCCAAAGAUUCUAG